AUGAUGACCCGGCGAUAUUUGCGCGCUAUUAUCCAGCUCUCGACAGCAACGGUAAUCGGUAUAAUACUCCUCUUCCUCCUGGACAGCCGAUUCCGUGUCCUUCCCGCCUCGGUCCACACCUUCCUCCCAGCACACCACGCCGGGCUGGUGAUCACAGAUGUCACCGUCAAGACGUGCUCUACCGUUAACCUCUUCACGAGCUGCAAAUCACCGGGCGAAACAUGGCACCGUAUCGAAAAGGACUUGUACUUGGGGACCGCCUGGGUGAACAGUGGAUAUGUCUUCGUGGAGAGGAAGAAGGAGGAAGACUUGCUACCGGGUGAUAAGAUUGUGGUUGAUCUAGCUGUCAGUCGCCUAGUCCCGAUAAACGGGGCUAAAGACGAGGCCGAUGAACAAUGGGAGUCCAGGCCGGCGGGGAUCUGGAUAAAGCGUAGUGGGCGACGACACGCAAGCGAUUCAAAUCAUGCAGUAACAAGUGUGGACGUCCUUUUCGGCCCUGACGCAGUUGAACCGCGCAAAGGCUGGGAGGUCAAGGACACGGCGCUCCUACUUGAUAGUGGCGGCGAGAAAUACGGGGCGCGAAUAAGCAUACGGCGCGGCAAGCCAGCUCCGAUUACAAAAACAGUUCCGCGAAUUAACGACAAUGGGAAGUUCAAGAUCUUGCAGGUUGCGGACUUGCAUCUGAGCACAGGCGUCGGCGAAUGCCGUGAUGCGAUGCCGGAGAAUCAGGGGCCCUGUGAGGGGGACACUCGAACCCUCGAGUUUAUUGGCAAAAUCCUCGACAAUGAGAAGCCUGACCUGGUCGUUCUCAGUGGCGACCAGGUUAAUGGUGACACAGCGCCCGACGCUCAAACCGCAAUCUUCAAAUUUGCCGAGCUCUUCAUCAAGCGCAGGAUUCCCUAUGCAACUAUCUUCGGGAACCACGACGACGAGAAGACACUCAGUCGUUCCGCACAGAUGGACCUCAUCGAAUCGCUACCCUAUUCCAUUUCUGAGGCGGGGCCCGAGGAAAUUGCUGGGGUGGGAAAUUAUUAUGUUGAAGUUCUUGCGCGAGGCUCUUCGAAACACUCGGCGCUCACAUUAUAUCUACUGGAUACGCAUGCCUACACGCCGGACGAGAAAGCAUAUGAAGGCUACGACUGGUUGAAGCAGAACCAAAUCGAUUGGUUUAAAUCGACGGCCCAGGGAUUGAAGAAGGCACAUCGGGAGUAUACGAAAGUGCAUAUGGAUCUCGCCUUCAUCCAUAUCCCAUUGCCCGAAUAUAUCACCCCGAACAUGACGGUUGUAGGCGAGUACAGGGAGGGCGUCACGGCGCCAACCUUCAAUUCGGGAUUCAGAGAUGCUCUCGUAGAAGAAGGGAUUUUGAUGGUUAGCUGCGGACAUGACCACGCAAACGAGUACUGCGGGUUAUCCAUGGAGAAAGAGCGUCCAGCGCUCUGGAUGUGCUACGGCGGCGGGUCUGGAUUUGGUGGCUAUGGAGGCUAUGGCGGGUACCAUCGGCGUGUACGAUUAUUCGACAUUGACAUGAACGAGGCGCGGAUUACGACGUACAAGCGCCUUGAGUACGGAGAGACGGAGAGGAGGAUUGAUGAGCAGAUCAUCGUUGAAGGAGGGAAAGUGGUUACGCCCGUACAGUGA